GGGGUGGAGUCCUCUGUAACUUAAGGUGAGAGGCAGGAUAGGAGAAAGAGCAGACUGAGCAGGAUGGGAGGAGAGGAGACGAACCGCAUCAGACUACAUCCAUCGAUCAGAAUGUGUCUGCAGCCCAGGUGGGGGACCUGAUUGAGUUUGUGUACCCAGGAACAGGGCUCUCACUCUGGGCCAUCUAUGACGGGGAUGGCCAUGCGGUUCAUUUUGGUGUUGGAGACGAGAACGCCAUGCAGGCGCUCUGUCGCAGCUUCCUCCACCAAAUGGCCCCUCGCACGGCCGGGGGCCCCCUCAGAAGGACCAGCAUCCGCAGGCAGCUCAUUACCCAGAUUAAAGUCCCCCCAGGAACCCGGAUCAGGGUGAACAACAACAAGCACCAGCUCUGGCCCAGCCCCCCCGAGCUGCUCCAGCACCGCUGCCAGGCCCUGCUGCACCACCAGCUCAGCUACGACCUGCUCCACCUCAACAGCGAGCACUUUGUCACCUUCGUCCGCUACGGACGCGCCGUCUGCACCCAGACUCUGUACAAGACCAAGGACACAGAGGAUGAGGUGGCGACCCAAACGUUUCAAAGGAUGAUCCCUGAGAUGAUCCCCACAGAAUCUGAGCUGUAAAGAUCUGUAAAGAUCUGUAGACCAAAUGAGUCCAACCAGUGUCUUGCUUAUACAAUCUUGAUUACUGUGAUUUAAUUUCGGAAAUAAACAAUCUGUAGAACAACAUUGCCCGACAAACAAAAUAUUUCUUUCAAUAAAAACAUAGCU